UGGGAGGCCUUUCAGAAGUUUCUCAACACUCUGUGCCCGCGGUCCGAGAUUCAAAGCAUUUUUAUGGAAAGUGGCUCCAAAGGGAAGCCUUUCAUUUAUCUGGACCAGCUGACGGAGUUCAUCAACCGCCGGCAGCGCGACUCGCGCCUCAACGAGGUUCUCUACCCGCCUCUGAAAAUAGAGCAGGUCCGACAGAUCAUGGAGAAAUAUGAAACCAACAUCAGCCAGCUGGAGAGAGACCGGAUCCAGAUCGGUUUGCAGGCCUUCACCAGUUAUCUCGGAGGGGAGGAGAACAGCAUCGUUCCGCCGGAGAGGUUGGACGUCAUCGACGACAUGAAUCAACCACUGUCGCACUACUUCAUCAACUCCUCCCAUAACACGUACCUCACAGUGGGUCAGCUGACCGGUUUGUCCUCAGUGGAGAUGUACAGGCAGGUGCUGCUCACCGGCUGUCGCUGCAUCGAAUUGGACUGCUGGAAGGGUCGACCGCCCGACGAGGAACCAUACAUCACCCACGGCUUCACCAUGACCACUGAAAUACCUUUCAAGGAGGUCAUUGAAGCCAUCGCAGAGAGCGCUUUCAAGACCUCGCCGUACCCCCUCAUCCUGUCCUUUGAAAAUCACGUUGAUUCGGCCAAGCAGCAAGCCAAGAUGGCGGAGUAUUGUCGGACCAUAUUCGGCGACGCCUUGCUCAUUGACCCACUGGAAAAAUAUCCACUGGUACCAGGCCAGCUGCUGCCCUCGCCGCAAGAGAUGAUGGGCAAGAUUCUCAUCAAAAACAAGAAAAAGCACCAGCACCACCGCCCCUCCAGCGGUGGCAGUAUUCUACGACGUGAGCUGGAAGAGCCGUCUUCUCCGCACAACGGCGAGGGAAGCCAGAUCCUGUCCCACGAGGAAGAGAAGCUUGCCGAGAGAAUGGUCGGAGACUUGGAUCCUCGCAAAUCCAUCGGAGGCGAGGGAGAGAGCGAGGAGGACGAGGAAGAAGAUGAACCCUUGACCGAGCUGAAAAAACCUAACUCGGACGAGGGUACGGCCAGCAGUGAGGUUAACGCCACAGAGGAGAUGUCCACGCUGGUCAACUACAUCGAACCAGUCAAAUUCAAGAGCUUUGAACUGGCCACCAAGAGGAGGAAGUUCUUUGAAAUGUCAUCAUUUGUGGAGACCAAAGGCAUGGACACCCUGAAGAGCUUGCCCAUUGACUUUGUUGAGUACAACAAGAACCAGCUGAGCCGGAUUUAUCCAAAGGGAACACGGGUAGACAGCUCCAACUACAUGCCACAGGUCUUCUGGAACGUGGGCUGCCAGAUGGUGGCGCUGAACUUCCAGACCCUCGAUCUUCCCAUGCAGCUCAACAUGGGCGUGUUUGAGUACAACGGCCACAGCGGCUACCUGCUGAAGCCCGAGUUCAUGAGGAGGACGGACAAGCACUUUGACCCUUUCACGGAGAACAUCGUGGAUGGAAUCGUUGCCAACACGGUCAAAGUGAAGGUGAUCUCAGGCCAGUUCCUUAGCCUGAGCGACAAAAAGGUCGGCGUGUACGUGGAAGUGGACAUAUACGGACUUCCGACAGAUACCAAAAAGAAACGCACGAAAACCUCCAACGGAAACUCGCUGAAUCCUAUUUGGGAGGAUGACGCGUUUGUCUUUCACAAGGUGGUCCUCCCAACGCUGGCCUCGCUGAGGUUCGCCGUAUUUGAGGAGAACGGCAAGUUCAUCGGACAUCGCAUUCUACCCGUGUUGGCCAUUAGACCAGGUUACCACUACAUCAACCUCAAGAACGAGUUGAACCAGCCCCUCCUGCUGGCCUCUCUGUUGGUCUACACCGAAGCGCAGGACUACAUUCCCAACGAACACCAGGAGUACGCCGAGGCCCUGACUAAUCCCAUCAAACACGUCAGCCAGCUGGACAAAAGGGAGACGCAACUGGCCGUGCUCCUCGAGGAGAACUAUGAGCGUUGCUCUAACCAGCCCGGAGAUGGCGAGGCCAAGAAGGACUCCGAGGUCCUGCCAGGGCACGUCCCGUCGCCCUUCCCGGCUCCUCACCGACCCGACGAAUGUCCCGACAUCAUAACGCCUGUGCUAAGCCUAAAGGAAGACCUCAUCGCUGCCGUUCUGACAGACGCCGAUCCGCAGUCGACGGAGGAGCUCAAGCAGCACAAACACUACGUGAAGCUCACGAAGAAGCAAAGCAAAGACCUCAAAGAGAUGAGAAAGAAACACCUGAAGAAGGUGUGGAAUCUUAGUAAGGAGCAAAAGUCUCGGAGUAGCCAACUGGAGUGUGAUCUGCAAAGGAGGCGCAGUCAGAUAGAGAAACACCUGAAACGCAGCGUCAAGAAGAACGAGCCCCAAGAGCCGGUGCAGCGAGAACUCUCGGCCCUGGAUCAGGAGCACGAGAAAAACGCGGUGCAGCUCAGGGAAUGGCAGAUGCAGGAACUACUGAAGCUUCGGCAGCAGCUGCACUUGCUGGAGCAGGAGAAGCAGCAUGCGUACCUGAUGGAGUCCUUCCAGAAGUUGAAGGAAACGGCGCACGAAUGCCAAGCAGCUCAGCUCAAGAAGCUCCGGGAGAUUUGCGAGAGGGAGAAGAAAGACCUUCAAAAAAUCCUGGACAGGAAGCGUCAGAACAGCAUCAGCGAAGCAAAGAGCCACGACAAAGACAAGGCCGAGAUAGAACUGAACGACAUCAACAGGAAACACAUUCAAGACUCUGUCAACUUAAUACGCAAGCUGGAGGAGGCUCAGAACAGAAGGCUGGAGAAGUUGAAGAUGAAGCAACGAGAGGUGCUGCAGCACAUCGACGAGGAGCUGCCGACGAUUCAGGCUGAGCUGAGCCUAACCCUGAAGGACGAGUUCCUCCACCUCCACGAGGAAAUCUACCAGCACCUGCAGCUGGAGCUCCAAAACAAAGGUCUCCACAGUAACGCCCUGUUCUCGCCCAACAACAGCAGCCCGGCCUCGCCCCCGCCCUCCAACUGCUCCACGCCCAGCAACCCGUCCACGCCUGAGCGCAGCAAGGACAGCAAGAGCUUUGACUAUAUCAUGCCCUCUUUGGCCGCAUCCUCGUCCUCGACGGCCUCCAUGUCCUAAGGUGGAGACGUCCUUCAGUUGAACUUAUCGUUUGUACAAAUGGAUUCCAAUGGGGGCUGUUAAUGUGGGAUGGUAAUAAGAUAAUGUACCAAUUAUCUUCUUUUUUUUUUUUUACUUUGUUCUUCUCGAGCGUUAUUAUUUUUUUUACUGUUUGUCAGAUGACAUAUCAAAAUCAUGAAUAGCAAAAAGAUUUUACAACUUGCUAGACUAUUGCUUGAUUUUCAUGGGGAUUAAGAUUCGCCAUUUUGUUUGUUUUGUUCACUUUUCAUGCCUUGUUGUGGUACUAUUUGGUAGAAAGCCCCGCCAUCCUCCACGUUAAGCUCGCAGUAGGAUCCGCGGAGUUAUUUGUAGCUGUAAUGAUAGUAGUCGGCCAACAGGGGGCGCUACAACCUUGACCGUUUCCCCCCCCCCACUUUGCACUGUGCAGUCAUCUCUGAAGAAGUCCCCUUUCGAAAAGACACACUACCAUUCUUCUUUAUUACCAAAUUGUGUUGCACAAAUAUAACGGUACUUUAAUUUAUCUGUGUUUAUUUUAUCUGUAAAUUUCCCGUUUGGUGUUUCCUCUCAAAUUUUCGGAAUGAGGGGGUUGAUCGAUGGUACUCGUAAAUGUUCCCUGUGGAUAUUUUUAUGUUUUAUGUGGAUUUUACUACUGACUACAGGUGCUUGAGCGAGACGUCAGGAGGGUUGAUACUUUUUUCUUCUUUUUUUUUGGUGUGCUCUCUCCUGACACUCUUUAGAGCACUGGCUGCCUGUCUGUUUGAAUGUUUUCCCCUCACAAACACAGUCCUUUGUCAACUCUUAACCUUUUAUUUAAAUGGCAUUUUAACAAAGA